AUGAGAGCGACGCCCGAGCGACAGAGGUCGUUUGCGAAUCGAGGGGAGGAACGACCGGUGUUGGGUGGCGGAGCGACGGGGAGCGCGGCGGCGCGCGAGGAGCCGUUCGACGCGGCGUAUUAUAAGACGAGAAUCGCGAGGUUGGAGGAGAAACUCGCGAAGGAGCAUCAAAAGGUGAAGUCGACGGUCAAGUAUUACGAGGAUCAGUUCGAAGCUCAGGCGAAGAAGCUGAGCGAAAAACACGAAGAGGAGAAAAAGGCGGCGGAGGAGGAGGCGACAAAACUGAAAUCGCAGGUGGAGUGGCUGAAGCAGGCGCAAGAGUCGUUGAAGAGCGAACGCGCGGCGCGCGAGGACUUGGAAAAGGAACUCGCGGCGCUUCAAGAAGAGUAUGCUGGGAAGGAAAAGAUCGCCACCGACGUGAAGACGACAGAUGCAAAAUUGAAGAAGGAGAUCAAGGAGCUCAAGGAGGCGGUUGAAAUGGCCAAGCGAGAAGCCGCUGAGGCUGAAGAGAGGACGAAGAGCGCGCCGCCAAAGCAACCCGAAGCUGACCCUGCAGAAAUUGCCAUCUUACAAAAGCAAUUGGAUGAAGAAAAGGCGCAACGCGACACCAUCGAGAAGAAGUUUGCCGCAUUGAAGGCGGAAUCCAUGGAUCCAUCUGAAGUCGGUUUGCUGCAAAAGAAAGUGUACACCGCGGAGUCCGAACUCGCGACCGUUCGUGGAGAACUUGAUCGCGCGAUGGAGGAUAAGCAAGAAGCCACUGUGAUUAAGGCGAGGUUGGACGUCGCUGAGAAGCUGGUGUAUGAGCUCAAGACAAAGGCGCAACGCGUCGACGAACUCGAACGCUUUUACGCCGACGCUUCGAAGGACAAAGAGCAUUUGCGCCAGGCGUACGACAAGAUUCAAGAAAUCACGGACAAGUUGCUCGCGGUGACGAACGAAAAGGAGGUCCUCGUUCGCCACAGCGCGCAGCAAGCGCACGUUGAGGCUCAACUUGAGCAGACGCGAAGUGAACUCAAUCGAAUCAAAAAUGAAGUGCACACGGCGCAGGUGGAUAAAUCAAACAGCGAGAUGAACUUCAAGUACGUCGUUGACGAUAUUUCCCGCACCCUUCGCGAACAUGCCAUGACGUCGAUGCGCUGGGAAGCCCGCAUGGCGAGUGAGAUAAGUGAAGCAAGCGAGGAACACGCGGAGAUUCGCCGUCAAACGAUGAAUCUCGUAUCCACCGCCGAGUCCGAAGCCCAACGAGUAAUGCGAGACUCCAUCACCGUCGUCAACGAUGCUCGACGCAUGUUACAGGAUAAUCACAAAAAGUCCGAAGAUAUCAUUGAGGACGUCAUUCGCGCUGAGCGUCAUCGUAUGUCGGACGAAACAAAGACGAUGAAGAGCCAGCUUGUAGAGGCUGAACGUAGAGCGCUACAGGCAAAUGCGCAGAUUGAUGACUUAUCUGAGCAACUGCGCCAAAUGCGCAUCGAUUUGCAUCUAGCAAAGGAUGCACACGCGGCUUUAACAGCGACGAGAUCAGAAGCGCCUUCUAUCGUGGACACGGCGAGAGAUUUCGGGAGCGACGGCGUGGCUUCGCCGAGUGGCGAAAAGGUUGAUUCGCUUCGACAAAAGUUGCGCACAGCUCAGUUCCAGCUGCUCGCAUUGAAAGCUCGACGUAAGUUUGAGAUCGACCCGGAUCGUGAGGAACUCGAGGAGAAACUACAGUUCAUGCGUGAAGAGCGCGAGCAGCUUCUGGCGAAUCGCCCUGCCGCCGCGUUUGAAGAAACCGCCGAAGUAUUGGGGCUUCAAGACGAACUUCAAUGGUGCCGUUCCAAGAUUGCAAAGCUCGAGGGAGAUCGACGAGAACAAAGCCGUGGCUCGUCAGAACGAGAAAAAAGUCUCGAGGAUCAGCUCGAGCGCACUCGGUCGGAGCUGGAAGAGGUUGAGAAGACGAUGAGGCAGCUCAAGAAGCAGCAGCUCGACGCAUUUGAAGACGUCGCGGAAGACAUGGAAUCACAUUUGCGAAUCAAGCUGACUGAAAUGCGCGAAGAGCUCAUGCUCGCGAAUGCACAACGUGAGAAGUCACGUAAUGAGAUGAAUCACGCGCAAGAUGAGCUGAUCGUGCUUCGAAGCGAGCGCGAUAACGCCAUCACAAGUGUGAAGACAAUGCGCGAAGAGCUCGCCGAGUUGCGCCAGACAAUCUCAGAAAUGUCAGCGUCAAGAGCGGAAAUCAUGACGGCGGGUCGGGAAGAAGUUCGUGCGCGAGAGGACGAAUUAAACGCCGUGCGCAGAGAGUUGAGUAAUAUUCGCGGUCAGAAAGAAAGUGCCUUACUUACUAUGGAGGAGUUGAAGUCGCGACUGCUCGAUACUGAGGCGCGGCUCAGUGAGGCGUCCGAGCAGCGUCAGCAAUUGGAGCUCGCGCGUAACGACGAAACGAGAUCGUCGUCUGAGCGAAAUAGAUUAGAAAACAAGGUGCUGGUAUUACAGACAGAGCGCGAUGAGAUGCAAACGAAGCUUGAGCAGGUGAUCAUCUCGCGAGAGGAAUUGGAAGAGGAACUCAAAGUGUUGCUCACAAAGUUGAACCAGUCCGAGGAACAAACAACGGCAACGGUGGCGCAGAGCCGCUCUGAGGUAUUUAUGGCGAACCAAACCAUUUCAUCACUUCGUGCACAGCUUGACGAGGUUGAAUCGGAGUUCGCCUCGGCGAGCAAGUCGUUCGAGCGCGUUCGCGUCGACAGGGAUGUCGCCACUAAGGCGCUUGAGGAAGUUCGCGAAGACCUCGGUCAAUGCGAAGUCGAGCUUAAGCUAUCUCAGAGGGAGACCGAAAUCAAAGAACGCGAACGUCAAGAGGCGAUCGCGAUGAUGCAACGGGCGCAAGAUGCUCUUCAAGAGACGCGACAGGAGCUCGAAAAGACUGAAGCUGAGCUCGUGAAUUUGGUGGAAGUUGUCGAGCAAGGCGAAGAGACGUUACAACGCACCAAGGUCCAAGUCACGCAAAAGACUCACGAUUUAUCUACGGCGGAAGCACGAUUGAGUGAUUUGAUACGCCAAGCGGAUGCAUAUGAAGCCGAGAGGGACGUCGCAAAUGAAUUGUUGAGUGAGUCUCGCGGCAAACUCUCUGAACUUCAAGCGCUAUCGCAGAUCCGCGAAAACGACCUUCUCAACUUGCGAGUGCAACGCGAUAAACUCGCUGAAAAGUAUGACGAAACGGUGAACGAGUUGAAGCUGACUGAGGCGUACUUGCAAAAAGCGAGCGUGGCGGUUGAGAAACAUCGCGCGGAGCGAGACGGUUUGAGCCAAGCGCUCGAAGCGGCCAACGACACGUUGAGCGCGACAGAAAGCCAGCUUCAAACAGUUUCAGCGCAACUCGCGGAACUAUACGAAGAAGUGGAAGAGUAUAGAACGCAAGGAGGUAGCGAAGACGAAGAGCUGAUCGAAACUCAAAAAGCUUUGGACGCCGUCAUUGACAAGUUCAAGAUUUUGCGGGACGCGCACGAAGAGGCUUUGGGUAACUUGGAAGCUGAAAUCGCCGCGCGACAACGCGAGCAACGCGAGCACAAGCAAGCUAUUGAAGCUGCAAGAGUCGAAUACGAAGAACACGUGCGAAUAUUGAAGCGUGCGGUGAAUGCGAAUUCGGAUCAAGGUGCACUCGCGAGCGAGCUCUUUGCCAUCUUGAAAGAUUUCCAGCAAGCUCGCGCAGACGCCGAGGUCGCCGGAGAUGAAAGUGAGAAGAGAACCGCGGCGCAGUACUCAAGACAGAUGGUCACAUCCCCUAAUGAGGCCGCGUUUGAGUCUUUGAUGCGAAUCAAGACGACUCUCGACGACCUCAAGCAACGACUGCAAAGCGCCGCCGUCCGCUCGGGCGACGGAGCCGACGUCGAAACCGAAGCCCUUCGAACCAACCUCCGACUUCGCGUCUUGGUAUUCGAAACCUUUAUCGAUCUUGUCUCCCAGCGUUCUCGCGUCGGCGCUUACAAAGGCCAAGUCGAGGUCGACGCUCGCGACCGCGCCGCCGAAGAAGACGUUCGAUACGAGGGCGUCCCGAAACCCGCCCUCGUGCGCAAGCGCAGCAUCGCCGGUUUCGCCCCGAACAUCAACUUUGGCAUCAAGCUCUUCGGCAACAACGAUCGCGAUUGA